CAGUGAUAAGUGUGUGAUUUUUUGGUAACCAAAUAAACAAGAAUCUGAUAUACAAACACACUCUCAAAUGAGUUAUCGUCUCCACAGCAUCCUCCUCGGCACCACCAUACGCACCCAUCGCUCCAUUCCACCCCACCUAAUUUGCAGGGCUUGGUUUUGUAGCGGUAGAUUCAGAAACCAGACCCACAUGGAAAGCCAUGCUUCUUGUGAGGCCGUUGUGGGUGACUCUGAGCUCUUGGUUAAAAAAAUGGCUACUAUUUGUAAUGCCGGUCCCGCCAAACUCCAGGUAAUAGCAGAUUUUGAUGCCACACUAACAAAGUACCAGGUCAAUGGUUGUCGGGGACAAAGCAGUCAUGGUCUUGUGCAACAGGAGGAUACGGAAUAUGAUAAGAAAAGGCAGGAAUUAUAUGAACAUUAUCAUCCGUUAGAAUUCUCCCCAACAAUUCCAAUUGAAGAGAAAGCUAAGCUUAUGGAAGAAUGGUGGACAAAAACUCAUGGUCUCUUAAUUGAGGGAGGCCUUACCUAUGAUGGAAUAAGGCAAUCUGUCGCUGACUCCACAAUUGCUUUUAGGGAGGGUGUUGUUGAACUAUUUGAGUUUUUGGAGGAAAGAGACAUUCCCAUUCUUAUAUUUUCUGCUGGACUUGCUGAUAUCAUAGAGGAGGUCCUUAGGCAGAAGAUUCACAGACUUUUCAAAAAUGUGAAGAUAGUCUCAAAUCGGAUGGUAUUCGAUAAUAACGGUCACCUUGUAUCUUUUCAAGGGAAGACGAUUCAUAGUCUGAAUAAAAAUGAGCACGCUCUGGAUAUGGCUGCUCCCCUUCACGAUCGAUUAGGUGAUAAUAUAGAUGCGCCUACUUAUGAGAAUGCCUCGGUCAAGACGAGAAGAAAUGUGCUGCUUCUGGGUGAUCACAUUGGUGACCUGGGAAUGUCUGAUGGCUUGAACUAUGAGAACAGAAUUUCUGCGGGAUUUCUGAAUGACAAUGUUGAGAAUUCUCUUGAUAGCUACCGCAAAGCCUUUGACGUUGUUUACCUGGUUUUCGAUUGAGUGCAACAAGAGGGUGCAAAAAGACUAGCAAAACUUCAAUCGGUUGUUGUUUUCGUAAAGAAGCAACAACGAUGGUGAAGAAUAGAGGUGGCGUCAAUGGAGGCUUCAAUAAUUCAGGUGAACUCAAAAUCUUUAACGGUUCAGUUUUCUAUGCGUAUUGGAAAUUCAUCAAGUUCUGUGAAUCAAAGACAAAUUGGGGUGCAAGAUCAAUGAAUCCAAGACCAACUCUUAAUAUGCAAAUGGGAGGUGCAAGUUCAUAUUGGAGUUACCAUUAGGCCUCCACUAUCGAGGCAAAUGGGAGGUUCAAGAGCCCGAUGGAACCCACCCGUAAAAGCAACAAAUAAGAAAAUUUCCAAGUCAACUGAAAUUGCUUGUCGGCCAAUAUUUUGUGAACUGAAGUUGGCCUUUACUGUAGUUUAAUAGUUUAGUUGUUGGCCAAUAUUUUGUGAACUUUCUUCCUUUGCUAUACUGUAACAGGCCUUGAAUUCUUCUUCUGUUAUCAGCCGUGCUUUUUUUUUUUUUCUGCAAGUGUAAGACCCUGUUUUGGGUAUAAUGCAAUCAGAUUUGACCCACAAAAAAAAAAA